AUGAAAAUUGAAUUAAAUUUUUCAAAUAUUGGCGGCAUUGUAGUUGUAUUAACAGGCAGACGAUUCAUACGAGAAGGUGGAGUUACAAGGCAGAAUGAUCGUCAAAACUAUGCACCAACAUACAAAUUAGUUGUUGUCGGUGGUGGCGGUGUAGGAAAAUCAGCACUAACAAUUCAAUUUAUACAAAGUUAUUUUGUAUCUGAUUAUGAUCCAACCAUUGAGGAUUCAUAUACAAAACAAUGUGUAAUCGAUGACAUAACUGCCAAAUUAGACAUUUUAGAUACUGCUGGUCAAGAAGAAUUUAGUGCAAUGAGAGAACAGUAUAUGAGAUCUGGAGAGGGAUUUCUUUUAGUGUUUUCAGUUACUGAUCGAGCGAGUUUUGACGAAAUGUACAAAUUCCAUAAACAGAUAUUAAGAGUUAAAGAUAGAGAUGAAUUUCCCAUGCUUAUGGUUGGCAAUAAGGCUGAUUUAGAACAUCACAGGAGUGUGUCAACUGCAGAUGCCCAAAGAUUAUCACAAGAUCUUCGUGUGCCAUACAUUGAAUGCAGUGCAAAAUUAAGAAUGAAUGUCGAUCAAGCAUUUCAUGAAUUGGUGAGAAUCGUUCGUAAAUUUCAAGUCGCAGAAAGACCUCCAUUAAAGCCGAGUUUGAACAAAACUAAGAAAAAAUGCGUGAUAAUAUGA